AGCCCCUCCCGCCCCGUAACGUUUUUGUCCGUGAAGAGGAUGAGAGCCUCCCUCCUCUUCAUCUCGUCCCCCAAACGGCCGUCGUUCGGGCUGCGGAUGGAGGCGCCGCCGGUCCUCACCGCCCACGGAGAAAAAGCAGAUUAUUUGUUAACUCCAAAGAACUGUGGCGGGUGACUGUAGAACGGAGUUCAAGCAGUAUGUUGCAGAAGUGAACCUGUUUCAAAGGAGAAAGAAAAAAUGACCUAAGCAGGCAAUGUCACGUCUUGGGCUCUUUUCCCAAAGGAGAAGAGGUAUAUUGAACCACUGUGCCAUUCAGCAGUUUUCCAAUUUCAUGCACACUGGUGAAGGAGAUGGAAGCAACAUGAGCGUUCACAAUAAGAGCACAACGGAGUCUAAAGCAGAAAUAAAUAAAUAUAACGAUGACGACCUUCCUAGAAUUUAUCCAGCAGAAUGAAGAUAGGGAUGGAGUCCGGUUUAGUUGGAAUGUUUGGCCUUCAAGUCGCCUCGAAGCCACAAGAAUGGUGGUACCCGUGGCUUCCCUCUUUACCCCGCUGAAAGAGAGACCUGACCUGCCUCCAAUCCAAUAUGAGCCCGUCCUCUGCAGCAGGACCACAUGCCGUGCAGUUUUGAACCCUUUAUGUCAAGUGGAUUAUCGAGCAAAACUCUGGGCUUGCAAUUUUUGCUAUCAGAGAAAUCAGUUUCCCCCUACUUAUGCCGGUAUAUCUGAAAUGAAUCAACCUGCUGAACUUUUACCUCAGUUUUCUAGCAUUGAAUAUGUAGUGCUGCGGGGCCCACAAAUGCCUUUGAUAUUUCUGUAUGUGGUGGACACUUGUAUGGAAGAUGAAGACUUACAAGCCCUGAAGGAAUCCAUGCAGAUGUCAUUAAGCCUUUUACCACCUACAGCUUUGGUGGGACUUAUUACUUUUGGAAGAAUGGUGCAGGUUCAUGAACUUGGUUGCGAGGGCAUUUCUAAAAGCUACGUCUUCAGAGGCACAAAAGAUCUGACUGCAAAACAGCUUCAGGAAAUGUUGGGGCUGUCAAAAGUCCCCGUCACUCAGGCAGCACGGGGACCCCAAGUACAGCAACCACCUCCUUCCAACAGAUUUCUACAACCAGUUCAGAAAAUAGACAUGAAUCUUACAGACCUCUUGGGAGAACUGCAGCGGGAUCCUUGGCCUGUUCCCCAGGGGAAGAGACCUCUGCGUUCCUCUGGGGUGGCUCUUUCCAUUGCAGUAGGACUCCUUGAGUGCACUUUCCCUAACACAGGUGCCCGCAUCAUGAUGUUCAUAGGUGGUCCCUCUACUCAGGGACCUGGAAUGGUGGUUGGUGAUGAGCUGAAGACCCCCAUAAGGUCUUGGCAUGACAUUGAAAAGGACAAUGCUAAAUUUGUUAAAAAGGGAACUAAGCAUUUUGAAGCACUGGCUAAUCGGGCAGCUACAACUGGUCAUGUUAUCGACAUUUAUGCAUGUGCAUUGGAUCAGACCGGUCUUCUGGAGAUGAAAUGUUGUCCUAACCUCACUGGAGGAUACAUGGUAAUGGGAGAUUCUUUCAAUACUUCCUUAUUCAAACAAACUUUCCAAAGAGUGUUUACUAAAGAUGGGCAAGGACAAUUCAAAAUGGGAUUUGGAGGCACAUUAGAAAUAAAGACAUCAAGGGAAAUAAAAAUUUCAGGAGCGAUUGGACCCUGUGUGUCACUCAAUUCUAAAGGACCCUGCGUGUCAGAAAAUGAGAUAGGAACAGGCGGCACUUGCCAAUGGAAGAUAUGUGGACUAAAUCCCAAUACAACUUUGGCCCUGUAUUUUGAGGUGGUGAAUCAGCACAAUGCUCCAAUCCCUCAAGGAGGACGUGGAGCAAUACAGUUUGUAACCCAGUACCAGCAUUCAAGCGGGCAGAGACGGAUCAGAGUUACCACAGUGGCCAGGAACUGGGCAGAUGCUCAAACACAGAUCCAAAACAUUGCUGCUUCCUUUGAUCAGGAGGCUGCUGCCAUCCUUAUGGCCAGGCUGGCAGUGUACAGGGCAGAGACAGAAGAAGGUCCCGAUGUGCUUCGGUGGCUGGACAGACAGCUCAUUCGGCUGUGUCAGAAAUUUGGAGAGUAUCACAAAGAUGAUCCGAGUUCCUUUAGAUUUUCGGAAACUUUUUCUCUGUACCCUCAGUUUAUGUUCCAUUUAAGAAGAUCUUCCUUCCUGCAAGUUUUUAACAACAGCCCUGAUGAGAGCUCAUAUUACCGCCAUCAUUUCAUGAGGCAAGAUCUAACCCAGUCAUUAAUUAUGAUUCAACCGAUUCUCUACGCUUAUUCUUUUAGCGGACCUCCAGAGCCGGUUCUUCUUGACAGCAGCAGUAUCCUUGCAGACCGCAUUCUUCUCAUGGACACCUUCUUCCAGAUUCUGAUCUACCAUGGCGAGACCAUAGCACAGUGGCGCAAGUCAGGCUACCAAGACAUGCCAGAGUAUGAAAAUUUCCGCCACCUGCUGCAAGCUCCAAUUGACGAUGCCCAGGAAAUUCUCCAUUCCAGGUUUCCGAUGCCCCGGUACAUUGAUACGGAGCAUGGAGGCAGCCAGGCUCGCUUCCUGCUUUCAAAAGUCAACCCAUCGCAGACACAUAACAACAUGUAUGCUUGGGGGCAGGAAUCCGGUGCACCUAUUCUCACAGAUGACGUCAGUUUGCAAGUCUUUAUGGACCACCUAAAGAAACUGGCUGUAUCCAGUGCUGCCUGAGGUUCCUUACUGCCCUUUUAAGGACCCUAAAAACAGCUGACAUGAUAGAUAUUUCACCUUUUAUUCCCUCCCCCUUUAAGUUAAUCUUUCAACCAACAGCAAGUAUAUUAGAUGCCAGAUUGACAGUUUGGGAGAAAGCUAAUAUGUGAAAAACCCAAAGUUCACCUUUGUAGAUUUCAUUGAAAUGCAAUUAGAGCUGUACGAACAAAGUUGCUUUGCCUGGCGGCACGGCUAUGAAGCUGGUUUGAGAAACCAGAUCUUUUGUACUGUGAUUACUUUUUAAGGUUGAAAACGUGAUUCUGUCUUGCACUACGGAUUCACCGGUCUCCUUGAUUUUUGGUUUAAAAAAGAAAGUGAACAAAAAAUAUAAUGAGCAAAUGAAACAGCUUUCCUCACCAUUAAUGUAGAUCCCUGCAUAUUUCUUUUCUGCAGUGUGGGGUGACAUGCUGUAUGUCUGUGCUAUUGGGGAAUCACUCCCCCCCUUCCACAAUUUGAUGACACUCCUUUUUUCUCCCCCACUUUCCUCCUGGCAGAUGUUUGUUCAUAACCUGCUUGUGACCCAGUAUGAAAAAGAUGAGCCGCUUUUGGUUUGGUCACAGGCAAACCCUGCACUCUAUGACUGUUAGCACUACAGGCAGUUGGAGUCUAGUUUUUCUCUGACAAUAUUUUAACACUUUCUAGACUUCCUUUUGGGGAUAAAUCCAGGAAGCUGCCAUUCUUGUUGAGACAGUAUUACACAGCAUUUUCCAUAACCAGUAAGUCUGGUGAUUUAAUUCUGGCCUGGUUUUUACAAGUUGUGAUUUAGUCACCUUUACCGUUUAAAGUUUACAUAUAGCGAAUAAAUGUUUACAAUGCUAAAGCCAGGUUUCAGUUUUGAUGAUGAACAAAGAGAUUGUGCAAUGACAUUGCUUAAAAAUGCCACCUUCGCAUGAACCCACCUAACCAAUCAAUCCUAUCCUGGUGAGAUAAGCAGUACCUUUCUCCUGUUAGUACACUCUGUAACAAUCUGGUGAAAUCAUUUGCUCUGUUCCCUUUUAAGUAAUGAUGAUAAUAAGCUGCUUUGGUUCUGAAUACCAAUAAAGUUGAUAAUUUCCAGUUUA